GGUGGGUUCUGCACGCACUCGCUCAGGGAGGCGGUGUGUACAAGCAGUCUCCCUGCGCUCCGGGAGCCCCGCUUGCUCUGCGCGCACUCCAGCAGUCUGUGUCUGCUCUAGCUCGGCUCGACGGCGACAUGGGUGUCCCCACGGUCCCUGAGGCCAGCGGCCCGCGCCGGGGGACCCUGCUCCUCGCUCUUUUCCUGGCGGCAUCCAGAGGUCUGGCGACAGCCUUCAAGAUUACUACACCAUAUUCCCUGUACGUGUGUCCCGAAGGGCAGAACGUCACCCUCACCUGCAGGAUCCUGGGCUCUGUGUCCAAAGGCCAGGAUGUGACCUUCUACAAGACGUGGUAUCUCAGCUCUCGAAGUGAGGUUCAAGUGUGCAAAGAGCGUCGGCCCAUAAGGAACUUCACAUCCCAGCAUGCUCAUCCACACCACGGAAGCCACCAGGCGGCUAACACCAGCCACGACCAGGCCCAGGCGCAUGGGCUGGAGUUAGCUUCCGACCACCACGGUAACUUCUCCAUCACCGUGCGCAAUGUGACCCUGCAGGACAGCGGUCUCUACUGCUGUCAUGUGGUAGAAAUCAGGCACCACCAUGCAGAACACCGGCUCUACGGGUACAUGGAGCUACAGGUACAGACAGGCAAAGACUCGCCAUCUACCUGCACCGCAUACCCAUCUAACGAUCGGGAGAGUGACAGUAUCACGGCUGCGGCCCUGGCCACGGGUGCCUGCAUCGUGGGAAUCCUCUGCCUCCCACUUAUCCUGCUGCUGGUCUAUAAGCAGAGGCAGGUGGCCUCUCACCGCCGUGCCCAGGAAUUGGUGAGGAUGGACAGCGGCAACGCCCAAGGUAUCGAAAACCCAGGCUUUGAGAGCGCUCCAUCCUUCCAGGGGAUGCCCGAGGCAAAGAGCAGGCCCCCACUGUCCUAUGUGGCCCAGCGGCAACCUUCGGAGUCAGGGCGGCAUCUGCUCUCUGCCCCCAGCACACCUCUGUCUCCUCCAGGUCCCGGGGAUGUCUUCUUCCCAUCCCUAGAUCCAGUCCCUGACUCCCCUAACUCUGAAGUCAUCUAAACCAGCUGGGGGACCAUGGACAGUGGAACCUGGAUUAGGGGCAGGUGCAUUUGAUCUAUGCUGGCCCUUUAAACAGACCUUUAGGCAUUGACCCCAGCCUCCUCUCUCCUGCUCUGAGCCUAGACUCUGCUUUACAAGAUGCACAGUCCCUCCCCUACCAUUUCUGGAUGCUAUGGGGGGGGGAGAUAGGGGGCGCAGGGAGAAGAUGCUGGAUUGCUCAUUGCUGUUCUCAAGAUCUUGGGAUGCUGAGUUCUUCCCAGAGACUUGACUUCACAUCGCCAGCCCCAGAUGCCAAAUGACCUAAGAAGUCACAGACUGUCCAGAAUGUGGCAGCAGCCUUUCUUCCUGGAAACCAGCAGCCCAGAUGGGAUGGGGUAGGUCAUCUUGCCACCCUCCCAGGCAAGAGACACAAGAUAUAAGAGACUCCUGCCCACUGUGGGUGUGUGGCUGGCCUGCUGUUUUGUCUGAGGAUGCGCUAUUGGCCUGGCUCUAUGCCCCCGGACUCUGGAGCUUAGCCUGCCUAAGUCUCACUUGGGGACCUUCCUCAGCAGGAAGCCCUGACUCUGGGCUCUCAUUGCCUGUAUGGUGGUCCACUGAGUUCAGUGGCCAGAGGCUUUGAAACAGGAAGUACCUGUUGUAUCCAGGAGCCACUUUGAGCUCAUUAGUGUCUUGAGCAACAUGAAGCCAGACCAUUGUACAUAGAGGGUGGUAAGGGCAUGAUGGGAUAGGUGAGUGGGGACUGGCCUCCUUCUUGUCCUCAUCAUCCACCACUCCCACUGUUCAGUGUGGGGCACUGACAAAGGUGACCUCCAAGAUGCCCUAUCUAUACUGGGCCACUUCUAAGUGUGAAAGGGAUGCUAUUAAAAGCAGUAUGCGGCAACAGCUGUAAACAGCUGUGAAUAAAUUGGAGGUGAUAGCUUUAAGGGCCUGGUGCAUGGGGGGGGGGGGGGGGCGGGCAGCCAGGGCCUGGGGAUCCUUCUGGUUCUGACCACUGAUCUUCAGCGUGACCUGCUGGCACAUAAAAGAGCUUGUCCCUGGUCCAUGCUAGUCUUGGCUCCCAUCUCCAGGGUCUGGCAUGACCUGGGCACACAAGGAGAGUCCUUCAUGAAGGGCUUUAAAACAUGAAGAGAAAGGACAGUGCCCUUGAGGUGGAAGUUGCACAGCUGACGUCUGAGAGCGAGGGGGAGGUGAGGCUCUUCAGUCUCCAGUUGGGACGGGAGCCCCACACUGGGAGAGCAGUAGCGCCAGCCUGGCAUUUGUCUCCCUGUUGCUUCCGCUGGCUGGGAUGAACUAGGCCUGGGCAGGAAAGCUCAUACCCAGGGCCUGCAGGCAGGAGGAAACCCACUCAUGGCCGGGGGGACAGAUGGGUAGGGAGUGGAGAGGCUGGGGCCCAGCAGUAGGCUGUCUGCUGGGAACUCUGUGGUCCGGUAAGGUCCAAGAGCACAGGUCCCUGUGGGAUGCCAGCUCUGUCUGGGGCUUUGAGUUCCUGGUGGCUCUGUGUCAUCGCAGGGGUGUUGGGGUGGUCAGGACCCCAGACCAUGACUCUUGUUUUGUCCCCGAGGUCUCCUCUUCUGCUCCAUCUGUUGCCAUAGACUACACAGUUACUGUGGAUAGAGGGUGCUGUCCUUUUAGGCUUUGGGGGCACUGUGCUGGCGUGGGGGAAGCGGCAGGUGUUUUGUGGCAGGGCUUUGGGGCCUCUGUCAAAGAAAAACAAACCCACAGACUAUCUAUAGGAUGAGUGCGGCCUAUCCCCUGGGGGAGGCUGGCCUGUCCCUGCAGCCCUAAGCUUCAGACCUUGCCACUCAGAUGACUUCUAAGAAUUUGACUAUCAGACCCCUGCCUGGCUGCUGCUCUGUGGAAAGGGGAGGAGCCCCCCAACCCCCAGCCCCAGUAGAACAGCCACUCACUUCCUGCCCAGCUUCCUUCUACAGGGCUCUAGUCUCUUCUUUUCUGGACCCUGCAAGUGAAGGCAUGUCAACUUCAUGGUUUCCUGUUUUUGAUGCAGUUUUUGUGUGGUCCAGGCUCUGUCUACAUCCAUGAACUCGGGCCCUGCCACCUGGCUUCUGCUGUGGAGGGGCAGGGUCUUGGGGUUGGGGAAUAGAGGUGUCCUGCCCUUGGGGCAAGAGAUGGGGUGAUGCUGAGACACAGUGGGGAACUGAGCUCCCGGGAGGAGGAAGGAGCCCUGUAGUCUCCUGAGCCAUAUUGGAUUCCUGGCACUAGCAGAAGCCUAGGGAGAGAAGUCUAUAUUCUGAAGAACUAAUUCAUCCUUAGGCGAUCCAUCAGAAACUGCGGGGUUGGGGGUGGGGGUGUUCUUUGCCUAUCUCUGGAAGUUCACAUAAAGGUCUCCCUGGGACUGGGAUGGGACGGACCAGGAGGAAAGGUUUCUGAUAAGGGAAGGGCUUCUUGACAAGCAAAAGGGUCACUGGUGACUGUUGUGGACCAAGCUGGCCCUGCUGGAGUACUGUAGCAUGCCUCAGACUAACUUCUCAAAAGAGCAGGCCUGGGGCUACCCUUCUUCUGCUGGCCAGUGUUUCCCCUGCAUGAAGCAGCCCAGAGCCCAGGCUCCUUCAGGAACUGCUCCUCGGAGGAAGGACUUGGAGGAGGCAGCUAGGCUGAGGGCUUCAGAGGGCCGGUUAUCUCUACUAACAUAGGGUCCUGGUAACAUGCUAGCUCCUGGAGAAGGGUUUCCUGGGUAGGAGCUGGAGCAUCACCCCAGGACUGACCUGGCUAUGGUGGGAGCUGAACCAAAAUUUUUCUCAGGGAACUAAAAUAGGCAAAGAGGAACUGGGGGUGCCAAGCAGGAUACGGGGAGGAAAAAGUCCCUUGAAAACAAAUGGCCCAGCUGAUUGCCUGUCUCAGACCACAGAGAGCAUGGACCAUCUGGCCCAUGCCCUGCAUGCCCUCUGCUUUGCCCACAAUGAAUUCGAGUCCUGGGAGGGUGGGAACUAAUAACAGUCGGAGGCUGCCUGGGGGAGCUGAUAGCUGAUAUAGAGUCCUUGGGUAACUGGGCUGAACCAGGACCCCAGGAUUACGCCCUGGGGACCUAGCUUUGUCUGGGCCUGCUAGGAUCCCCAUAAUGGCAUUAUCGCUUUGAGCUCACCAUGCCAAGGGAUAAACAUUUCACUGGGUUUCAUGGCUCUGAUAUGUUGGUGUGGCUUCCUGGAAUAUAUGGUGAGAAGGAAUUCAGAUGUGAUAAUAUAGCUGUUAAGAAAGUGCUGAGAUUAAUUAGUCAUGUCUGCCUUGGAUUCAGGGGAAGGGAGUAGCAGUAUGGAUGCCACAUAUUAAUCUUUUUUGUUAACAUAUGUUUCCCAAAAGACUUUCAUGAGUGAUUUUGUGUGUUUGACAUCCCUCUCUGUGUCAGUCCUGCAAGUCUUUUUUGUGUGCAUGUGUAUGAAGUAUGCAUGUAUAUAUGUUUUAUGUGUGUGUGUAAGUCAGAAAUCACCAUUGGGCAUCUUCCUCCAUUCCUCUGCAAUGUAUUAUUUUUAAAGAUUUUAUUUACUUUAUGAAUGGUUUGCCUAAAUGCAUGUAUAUACGUCAUAUGCAUGCCCGUUGGAUCCCUUGGAACUGGAGUUAAAAUAGUUAUGAGCUACUACGUGAGUGCUGGGGAUCAAACCCUGGUCCUCUGCAAGAGCAACAAAUUAAAAGAGAGAUUUUAAUAACUGA